UUUUUGGUUCGCUUUCAUGGUUCAACCACAAGAGCAGUGAAGAGAAGGCCAAGCCAACUUUUUUCUAUGAAGAAAAGAUUAAUAAAAAAUGGCACUUUCUAUAAAAUCCCUUCUCUUCAUCUCCUCCUGAACAUCAUUUUUACACAGAUUUCUCUCUCACAAGUUUACACAACACAACAUAUUCAAAGAAGCCUGCCCCCCUCCCAUGGACAUACAGUGAGAAGUGAACUGAGAAAGAAAGGAUAUUGGUAGAUCUAGCUGAAGAUUCAAGCCUGAUAUAAUACAGUAACGUUGCAUGUUUCUUCCUCAAAGCUCCAGUGCGGCCAACAAAUAGCUCACCAGGUGGCUAGGGUUGUAAAGUGUGCAAGUGCAGAAACAAAUUAAGCUGCAAUGUUGCCUUCAAACGGAGACUUCAAUGGUUACUAUGAGCCAUCCUAUUUUACAAAUGACCCAUCUGUUUUCAAUAAGCAUUUUUUCAAUGACUUCAUCCCUGAUUCCAAACUAGAAGAAGCUUCCUUAUCCUUUUUGCACUUCCCUUUAUAUGACCAUGAUGACUUUCUCCAUGACCUUGAAAUUGUUGCCAACAUGGGGGAUUCAGCCAAAAAUGAACUCAACAGAAGUCCAAACGUCACCACCGAGCCGGCUCCAACAAAAAAGACACCAGCUGCUUCAAGAAAAGAUCGCCACAGCAAGAUCACCACAGCUAGAGGAGUGAGAGACCGGAGAAUGAGAUUGUCUGUUGAAGUUGCUCGACGGUUUUUCAAGCUGCAAGACAUGUUAGGCUUUGACAAACCUAGUAAAACUGUUGAGUGGUUACUCACACAAGCAAAACAUGAGAUCGAUAAACUAGAAGGACGGGUUCCUCAGAUCGUGAAUUACGGCUGCACUGCUUGUGCAAAGAGUGCUUCUUCUACUUCUGAAUGUGAAGCGGCAUCUGGGAUACGCCAGGCUGCAGCUGCCACUGCUUCUGCAGGAUCAAAACCCUCAAUCAAAGUGAACAAGAUCAGAAAGUCUCGUACUCUUGGCCCUCUAACAAAGGAUAUGAGGAACAAGGCAAGAGCAAGGGCGAGGGAGAGGACAAGUUUUAAGAAGAUGUUUGGUCGAAACUCGGCAAAACAUAACUGCCCAGAUCAAUUAUGCUCUCGCAGCUCCUUUGAAAAUGGUGAAGAUUCUAGUUCUCCAAGUCCAUACGGGAAUUUCUUGGAGAUGCUGGCCGAGGUUGAAGAACAUUUAGUGAACCAUUAUGAUGAUUCUUCUGCGGUAAUGGCAAAGUGGAGCCCUUCUUCCUUUUUCAAUUAUCCACACAACAUCGGAACUCCAGAAGGGGUAAGUUUGUUAAAUAGAAAAUUUCCUGAUUAUGCCAAAAUUUUCUCCAAUCUUUCAUGUUAAAAGACAAAUUAAUGUGCAUCAAUGAUCAAUAUUAAGCAACAUCAAGUACCUCAAUGGAAGUUCUAGUUAAUCGCCACUAUUGUUACUGCCUGCAGCAUCGAUUUCCGGACUCUCAGUUCUUCGGCAAACCAUAGAAACCUGCCGCAAAAGUUCAUCAAGAUCGUCAAUGCUAACAUGGCUUAUCUCUCUAUCUUUGGUAUGUUCAGUGUUUCCUCCCUUUCUGUUUAAAGAUUGUAAUGUAAUAAGUAUCUUAUUAUGUAAUUUCUUUUGGGCGUUUCUGCCAGUGAUUGUUAUGUAUAUUUAUCCUUUGGAAUGAUUAUAUGUACCCUUAAUCCUAGUUUCUGAAUUUAUAUCGUGAUUU